GGAGCAAGGUUGAUAGACAAUAAAUGCAUCAUUGGGAUCCUUGAAUUAAUAUGCCCAGAGGGGAAAAAGUAGAAAUAUUUUAUUUUUUCAUUCAGUUAAACUAAAUAGAAACCAGAAGAGGCGCGAGGAUCCCAUACUACACAGGUCUCGCUCAUAACCAGUGGGGAAAAAUGUAAGACCCUGGACCAAAUCCUGCACUCCUUACUAAGGCAGAACACCUAUUGAACCCGUGGGAACGUCUCCUGUGUAAAGACUAAGGAUGAAGCAUUAGCCCCAUUGAAAUCAAUGCCAGUUUGCCAUUGACUUUAAUGGGGGCAGGAUUCUGAGCUCGGAUAUCAAGAUUUGCCCACUGGCAUCAAAAAAACAGGACAAACCAGAAACAAACACAAAAGCUUUGAAGUGGUGCGAAGUUCUAUUUAAAAAAAACUUGGGAUUGAUUUAUUAAUUUGGGAAGAGGAGUAAGCAUAUUUCUCAAUAAGUACUCGGAGGAACUUGCACUGAUAAAAAGGCAUUCUUGAUCUGACGAUUUUGUAAUAGUCAAAAUGUGGAAUGCUGUGGCUAAAAACCUAUUAAGGACUAAAGUCCACCAAGACUGUUCACGCACUCUGCUGCUAGUGCAAAAGGGCAGGAGUAUUCUUACAAGACCGCCUUCCUCUAGGAAUCAUUGGCAGCAUACAGCUGGAGCAGUUCAGCCUUUCAACAUGAGUACAGGUAUCCAGAAGGUGGAAGCUUUGGACGUGAAUAAUUUUGUCCGUAUUCAGUGGGAAGAUGGGAGUAAGAGCCUUUACCCUGCUGUAUGGCUAAGAGACAACUGCCAGUGCCCUGACUGCUUCCUGCAUUCUGCUAAAGCACGCAAACUGCUUUUGGAAGACCUGGAUGUUAACAUUGGGGUGAAGGAGGUAACUUUGACAGAUAGACAAAAGGUGUAUAUUACAUGGCCAGACAAACACACCAGUGAAUUUGAGGCUGAAUGGCUGAAGAAAAGGUGCUUUUCUGAACAAGCCAGAGCAGAAAUGCAAGAAGAAUUGUUUUUACCAGAAUGUAAAUAUUGGGGCUCAGAUCUGCAGCUCCCAAAUAUGUCUUUUGAAGAAGUCUUACACAGUGACGAAAGUGCCUACAAGUGGCUUUCCACCCUUAAAAAAGUAGGAAUUGUGCUGUUAACAGGAGCUGCCACUAGACGGGGAGAGUUGGUUAAACUUGGCAAAAGGAUUGGUUUCCUGCGUCUCACAUUUUAUGGUCCUACUUGGCAAGUGGAAGACAAAAUCGAUGCUAAUAAUGUGGCUUACACAUCUGGGAAGCUCAGUUUUCACACUGAUUAUCCUGUUCUGUAUCAUCCACCUGGGAUUCAGUUUCUUCAUUGUAUAAAACAAGCAGCUACUGGAGGUGAAAGUGAAGUUGUAGAUGGAUUUCAUGUAUCCAACAAGCUGAAGGAGCAAAAUCCUCAAGCCUUUCAAAUCCUCUCCUCCACCCUUGUAGACUUCACGGAUGUUGGGGUCGACUACUGUGAUUUCACUAUGCAGUCUAAACAGAGGAUUAUAAAUGUAGAUUACAGAGGCCAGGUGGUUCGUAUCAAUUAUAAUAAUGCAACAAGAGACACUGUUUUUGACAUACCUGCUGAAAAAGUGCAGCCAUUUUAUGCAGCUCUGAAGGAGUUCGUUGACCUAUUGAACAGCCCGGAACAUAAGUUUACCUACAAGAUGAAACCAGGAGACAUAGUAACAUUUGACAACUGGCGUUUACUGCAUGGUCGCCGGAGCUACCAAUCAGGAGCAGAAAUAUCCCGUCAUCUUGAAGGUGCUUAUGCAGACUGGGAUGUGGUAAUGUCAAGACUCCGACUCCUGAGGAAGAUCAUUCAGAAUAGCAAUUAAACUUUCUUCUGGUUUAGCAAUUAGCAAUGCCUCGGACGGUUCAUCUUUGUUUUAAAAAAUACAAAUGUAUUGGAUUUCCAACACCAAGCAUACAUUUUACACCUUCGCUAAUGUAACCUUUGAAAGACUGACCAUAUUUUUCGAAAGUAUGCUUUGUUGAAAACAAUAUCUCUCGUAGUAUGUCUUUAUUCUGCUGUCAUUGUAAGUGGUAUUACAACUUGCUAUACUAGUUUGAAACUGGUUAGAUACCAAUACAUCACAAAUAGGCCUUCCCUUCUCAGAAAUCAGUCUCUCCGGGUGAGGCAUCAAGAAAAGCCUUUCACGUGUCACCCAUUAAGUGUUUGUAAUGGACAGCAGCUUUCUGAGAAUUUUAUAUCUAUUUUCAGAGAGAUAAAACCAUUUUAUAUAUAAUGACUCAUUUUCUUUA